AUGUUCUUGUUGGAUGCAGAAGUGUUUAACUUCAAGAUGGCAUCGACUAGUGAUCUGAAAGAAGCCACUUGCAACCAAAGUUCUUGGGACAUCUUGCUACCAGAUUUCCCUGAGGGGCCACUUUGUGAGUACCGUAAGAGGGCUUCCUUCAGCUGGAAGGAGAUGGCAGUGUUUAUAGAUGAAGAAGAUCUCAUCCAAUUCAAGAAUAGAAUCUUCUCUGCUUUUGAAAAUGAUCCUGUCUUUGCUCGUUACCCCGGAGAAGAUGUGACCCUCGAGAAGUAUCGUGAGCUGACAUUCCUGCGCUGUAAAAGGCUCUUUGAAUAUGAGUUUCUAAAACUGGAAGAUAUCAUGGAGAAGCCAUUAAAAAUUAUGGUUCUUAUAAACUGCUUAGGGAUGUAUGAUUGGUCUCUGGGUACCAAAUAUUUGUUAAAUGCUCAGGUGUUCGGUGGUGCAAUUGAGAAUACUGGCUCUGAAAGGCAUCAGGAAUUCGUGAAGCAAACCAGUAACAUGGAGAUUUUUGGAUGUUUUGCUCUGACUGAAGUCAGCCAUGGCAGCAAUACCAAGGGCAUACGGACAACUGCCAGAUACGACCCCAGCACACAGAAAUUUAUCAUCAACACUCCUGAUUUUGAAGCUGCCAAGUUUUGGGUUGGCAACAUGGGGAAAAAUGCCACUCAUGCUGUCGUCUACGCCCAGCUGUACACUCCUGAUGGGCAGUGCCACGGAUUACAUUCCUUUGUUGUGCAGGUAGGAAAAGAGUACUACUUUGGUUUUUUUAUGUCACUGUUACAAUGGCGCCUGCUUCCCUAUCUGGCAGCUACAUAUGCCUUAGACCAUUUCGCCAAGUCUUUGUUCAUGAACUUCAUAGAAUUUCACAUAGGUCUUCUGAUGAAGGAUAAGAGUCCAAGACAGGCUGAAAUUGGACGUGAGAUUCAUGCCUUGUCGACUGGUGGUAAACCACUGGCCUCCUGGACUGCCCAGCAAGCGGCCCAGGAAUGUCGAGAAGCUUGUGGAGGACAUGGUUACCUGGCCAUGAAUCGUCUAGGUGAUAUUCGAAAUGACAAUGACCCAAACUGCACCUAUGAAGGAGACAAUAAUGUUCUGCUUCAGCAAACCAGCAACUACUUACUGAGCUGGGUGAAUGCUAAACACCAAGAUAAAGCUCCUAUUGCAUCCCCUCUUGGAUCAGUAAACUUUUUGGAAGACUACAAUCAUAUUCUUGGCCAGAAAUUCACAGCCUCUAGUGUUGAAGAUUGCAUGGACUCCUCAGUUCCAUUAGCUGCAUAUAAAUGGCUGGUUUGUUACCUGCUCCGAGAAAGUGUCCUGAAAUUGAGCCACGAGAAACAGUCUGGGAGUAGUGAUUUUGAAGCAAGAAACAACAGUCAGGUAUACUACUGUCGUUCGUUAGCCAUCGCUUUCAUCGAGCAAACAGUCUUACAAAGGUAUCACGAAUACACUCAUGAUCCCGACACGCCAUCUACACUCCAGCCUGUGCUAAAGCAUCUUAGUGCUCUGUAUGGACUGUGGUCUUUAAGUAAACACAUGGCCGUGCUCUACCAAGGUGGAUAUGUUUCAGGUGAACAGCCUGGUAGAUUCAUACAGCAUGCUAUUCUGGAGCUUUGUUCCAAGUUGAAAGAUGAUGCAGUUGCCUUGGUGGAUGUCAUUGCACCUCCUGACUUCAUUCUGAACUCACCCAUUGGCAGAGCUGAUGGAGAGCUGUAUAAAAAUCUGUGGACAAUAGUCCUUCAAGGCAGCAAGGUGCUGGAGAGACCAUCAUGGUGGGCAGAAUUUUGUGUUAAUAAACCCCUUGUCGGCAAGCUGAGGUCGAGGAUGUAAAUCAAACAUGUAAGAGUGGCCCGGUAGGGCAACGAUUAAUAACAUAUUUCAGACACAGAGGAAGGAGCACAUAUUUCAAAUGAAGGCGAUUUCAUACAGAAGAUGCCAAGAGAUAGAAUGAGUUUGAAAUCAGAUAUGACCCAAUCUUAAGGACUGUUGACAUAAUGGCAAGAACAGUGCAACACAUCUGCAUGUGGUUCAUAGUAAUCAUGCUAAUGUUAAUCAGUCGCAGAUUAAAAGAAAAAAGUCUCAUUAAAGUUAAUUGCUUCUCACAGCUUCAGUACGUAUAAAACUAAAUAUUACUUUCAUCAGUGUCCUGACACCAAAUAGGGUCUAAAAGUCUUGUAAUUGCUGGCAUGCUACAGAAGUUAAACAUUCAAAAAAGUCUACCUUGAACUAUGAACAGACAGGUCAGUUUUACUUUUUCAAGUUUCUGGGAGAGUAUUAGUAAAGCAAAGGGGUAUUUAGAACACGGCAGGAUUUUCAGUGGGGAUAAACUUAGGAUAGCAUCACUGGAAUUGAGUAAGUGAGUUUCUUUGAAGUCCAUGAAACUACUCUGCUUUACACUAUCUGUUCUACAACGUUUAAAAUAGUUGAUUGUUCUUUCAACGCAAGAGAUGUGAUAAAUUGACUUCCAGUUUGAGGUUUUGAUUAAUCCUCAAGUUUUGUAUCACUGUAGAUAUAACUAGUUCAAAGUUUCUCAUUCACUUGUCAUUGUAAUAUUAAUUUAUGGUAAUGCAAAUGUAAAAUGAUUGUAUAACUUCACUAGUAGUUAUAAUGUUUUGUUUUUUCCCCCUUCUAUAGUGUUAGCUUUUAAUCUCAGCAGACCAAUUGGUGCACGUCAACACAUGUUGGAGCUGCACUUACUUCCUUCACAUCCAAAUUUAGUCCAGUAAUCUGGAAGUGGGUUGUUAAAAAUAAACAAAAUGAUUUCUGUUGCCAGAUGUUGUAGACAUUUAGUCAGGGACAAGAAAGUAGAAUGAUAAUUACUCCAGCUGAGGGAGAACCAUUCUUUAUAUAUGUUUAGUAAAUAUUCCCCAAGUAAUGAGUAGUUUCCUUUGCAAAUGAAGAGCCACUAGUAAGUUUUUGAAGUGCUGAAUAUUUUAUAUUUUUAAAAUAAAAUCUGGAAAGAUACUGCCUGCUUUUCUAUACUGUAUGAUCUCCCUGUUACUCUGAACUGAUCUAGGACCAAAUCCUGCUCACCGUACUCACAUGAGCUGUCCUGUUCAGGCCAGGGGGACUAUUUGUUAGGAAGGUGUCUAGGAUUCAGGGCUUAAUCCUGUGCCAUUAAAGUCAAUGGGAGUUUUAUCAUUGACUCUCAAUGGGAGCAGGACCAAACCUUAGUGGAUUUUUUUUUAAUUGUCACCAUUCUGUUCCAGUUGUACACUUAUGAUUCUGAUGAAGUGUUUCUAUGCCAGAAUUCCAAAGUUUGUAAGUCUUUAUAGUGUCAUGACUCAAAUAUUUAAUAACUGUUAUUGUGCUGGUUUUUUGUAUGCAAAUAUUACUAGAAUACAUUUAAUCAAAGUAAAGAAUAAAGUGGUAUUUUCAGUUUUUGCCAUAUGA